AUGGACACACAUCGUAGGUCUUUGAAGUGGUUUGCAGGCCAGUCAAACAAACUAAAGGUAUCGAAUUGUCAAAAUAGAUAUAAGUAUGUCAAAGUCAAUUCAUCAUUGUCUUGGCGCCCGUUAUCCAGCUCUCUUAAGUGGGAUAAAUACACAUGUUCUAGCUUAACUAGUGCACAUGUAUUUAAACACAGUCCCUCUAGCAUUUAUUCUAGAUUUAACGGGAGUCAGACAUACAACACAAAGAUUGGCAAAGAUAGACCCUACAAUUAUGUUAGGAAAGGCGAUCACAGGAACGGUAAUCAACAAUUUUCGACCCCCGUUCCUGACUUCUCACAGCAUCAGGAUAAAUUAUUUAGUAGUGAAAUUUCUAGUGGUGUGAUAAGUCGGGUUCGGGAAAAUAAUGUUCGUUUGUCACCUAGCAGUAGCAAUGUAUUGUAUACUAAAACAAGUCGGUUUAGGUAUGUCAAGCCUGGUAGUUCAGCUAGUUCGGGGCUUGCAUCUAAAAAUAACUCACAGCUUGUCACGAAGUUUUCCAUUAAGAAAAUGAACCGGCACAAUAUACCUCGUCCAUCUGCAUAUCAGUACAAGAAAAUUGUCCAGAAGGCUGUGCACAGUUUGAAGUUCCGUCGCCGUAUGGUUUGUCAAAGUUACUGCAGGACUGGAUUUUGCUCUGCGCAGCAGUGCUCUUACUCUCAUGAUGAAAAUUAUCUACGUAUCUGCCCAAGGUUUUUACAACAAAGCUGUUCUCUGGGAAGCGAGUCUUGUCCACUUGCUCAUGUGUUAGAUCCGUGUAGACUGCCACAAUGUACUUACUAUGAAUCCGGAAAGUGCGGACGCCUUCACUGUCCUUAUUUGCAUGUAAGGCACCCUCCAAAGACAGCUGUAUGUUCGGAUUUCUCUCGUGGUCGUUGCCCGCUAGGUCGCUUGUGUAUUAAGCGCCAUAUAUGGGUGCAAAAGUCAUUUUUGAACAAGUCUGGUCAUCAGAAAUUAUCCAAAUUAACAACUGUUUCUAAAAACGCCUGUAGAACUUUAAUUACUAAACUAGAAGAUACUUGUGAUCAUAAUGAUUUUGGUCCUGUUGCUGCCCCAGCUGGUUCACUACGCAACGUAUAUCCUCCUCCGGAAUUCAUUCCUCUGAUCUCAGACAAUGACGAUUCCAUGACAGGUGGAGAUGCGGAUUGUUCCUGAACUAUUGCUACCAAACUUUCGUUUGUUUGCAUUUGAUAAUAUACAUAAUUAUGUGAUUUUAGUACCUGUACGCAGGUUGUGUAAUUCCAGAUUCCAGAUUAUUUUGAAACAGCUUUUCUCAUAUUUUUUAUUAGGUAUUUUAUGUUUGUACGCAUAUGUUCUACUUGCAUCUCCUCAAGGUCACUCACUAGUGACACAGUAUAUGCUACUG